UUACACCUUCAUGAAGAUGGACAGAUUUACUGGCCGGUAGCAAACCCCAUAGAGCCGCCGGGCCGAAGAACAUGGCGAAGACCUACGACUACCUCUUCAAGCUUCUGCUGAUCGGCGAUUCCGGCGUGGGCAAGACGUGUGCGCUCUUCCGCUUCAGCGAGGACGCCUUCAACGCCACCUUCAUCUCCACAAUCGGUAUUGAUUUCAAAAUCAGGACGAUUGAACUCGAUGGCAAGAAAAUUAAGCUGCAGAUAUGGGACACAGCUGGGCAAGAACGUUUCCGGACAAUCACAACUGCUUACUACAGAGGAGCAAUGGGCAUCAUGCUGGUGUAUGAUAUUACCAAUGAGAAAUCAUUUGAAAAUAUUCAGAACUGGGUCAGAAACAUUGAAGAGCAUGCAUCUCCAGAUGUAGAAAAAAUGAUCCUUGGAAAUAAAUGUGACAUGAACUACAAGCGGCAGGUUUCCCGAGAGCAAGGUGAAAAGCUGGCUAUUAGCUAUGGAAUUAAAUUCAUGGAGACCAGUGCAAAGGCAAACAUUAAUAUAGAUAAUGCAUUUUUUACACUUGCCAGAGACAUCAAAGCAAAAAUUGACAAGAAACUGGAAGGCAAUAGCCCUCAGGGCAAUAGCCCAGGAAUGAAGAUCAUCUCAGAUCAGCCAAAGAAAAGCAGUUUUUUCCGAUGUGCCCUUCUGUGAGGGGCUUGGCCUUAAUGUGAGCUGCUACUCAACCUUUCUGGACUUGUCCAUUUGCAUGGGCUUCUUUCCUCUCUGGAUCUGAUCCCACACCAGUCUAAUGCAAUGGGGAAAAGUGGCUCCUUCUCGUGAUUGACCCUUCUGUGAUAGAGAAGCAUUAUCUCUCUCCACCACUGCUGCCACCUGAUAAAUGUGGCAUGUAGAUCAAGAAAUCAGAUACAGGAAAUAUUGAAACAGGCUUUUCCUUCUCUCUCUGGGGAUGUGGUUUGUUAACUGUAUCAUGACUAGUAGAAAAACUAAUGAUCAGGAUAAUUCUAGAUGAUUUUCCUCUGCCUUCCCAAUCUGUGGAGGAGUAUGUGGCGUAGCCUGUAAGACUGAAUGAAGCACUGACAUUUGUAGCAGAUUACUCACCCUCCCUCUUGGAGUUAGGAAAAACAAAUUAGUCUGCUCUUGGCACUCAUUCUAGACACUCCCAUGAUAGAAGUUGCACAAUGUCUCAAAAUAAAAAUAAAUUAUUUUUUUAGAGAAAUCAA